CCUUUCUCAUUUCACCCUUUUCAUUCAACGACCUUAUUAUAAUUUCAUCCAUGGCCAAAAAGAUCGAUUAUCAACAAGCAGAAAAAGCUGUGAAAGCUUUGAAAGAAUACAUUAGUCGUAACACUGAAAACGAUUUGUUAGGAUCUGACCAUGGUGUUUGGAUCGAUCUUACUGUUGCCAAGAUGCCAGUAGAUAAAACCCAUCGUCGUCAUACCAUUGCUCUUCCUCAUUCUAUUCUUCCUGAAGAUGCCAGUAUCUGUUUAAUUGUUCAGGACAGACCUCAAAACUAUCAAGAAAAAUUAGAGCAACUCAAGUUAGAUAGAAAAACAACUGUAUAUUCUGCUAAACAAUUUCGAGAAACUUUCGCUCGGUUUGAAGCUAGACGACAAAUUGCUCGACAAUUCGGUCUAUUUUUGGUUGAUGCUUGUCUUGCCCCCAAAAUCAAUUCUCUAUUCGGCAAAAGUUUCACAAGUAUGAACAAGCAUCCCAUGAUCGUUAAUGUAUCUGCAAACAAUAAAAUGCUCAAAGAUGACGAUCAAUUGAAGCAAAAUAUUCAAACUGCUAUCAAUUACACAACCUCUUUGGAAUCUGCUACGGAUAGAAAGAGUGUCAAAUUUGGUUUGACCAAAUUAUCAGAAAAACAACUUGUAGAAAAUUUCAAGGUGGUGGUAGAAGAUAUGAUUAAGGAUCUUGUAUGGGAACAUAUCUUACAAAUCUCUAUCCGUGCCGAUCGUACUCCUUCUUUACCUAUUUAUAACUGUGUACCUGGCGUUUGGUUACUAAGUGAAAGCGAUCGCAAAGCCGCCAUCAAUGAUAACGAAAAAGAAAUCUUGAAAACUGCUGCCAAGGCUGUUACCAAGAAAUCCAAACCUACCAAGAAAGCAGCUGAAGAUGCUACUGCUGUUCAAACAAAAAGCAAGAUUACCAAACCUACCAAGACCAAGACUACCCCUAAAAAGAAAUCUAUCAAAGCUUAGAUAGAUUUCAUUGUCCAUGUUUGCUUUUUUUUUUUACCUUGUCAUGUUUUCUUAUUUUGAUCAUUUUUUUUUUAUACAUGUAAUAGUAGCAGUAGUAGGUCAUUCUUCAUUCUAUUCUUAUAGUAUCUUUUUGUAUUCAUUCUUGUUUUUAUAUUACAUUCAUCAUCAAUAAAUUAUAUAUUUUACCAGUUAUUCCCAUUUCACAUAUCCUCUUUCUUAUGGUAACUAGCUAUCAUUCUAUACAUAAUGAUGUCUCUACGAUGAUCA